AUGUCGCCCCAUCUGCAGUGGAUGGUCCUCUGGAACUGCUCCAGCUUCUUCAUCAAGCACAACAAGCAGACGUACAGCACCAAGCCCAACAACCUGAAGGCCCGAAACUCCUUCCGCUACAAUGGACUGAUCCACCAGAAAAUGGUGGGCAUCAAGCCAGCCGCCAACAGCAAGGGCAUUGUGGUGGUGCUGAAGUGCUGGGAAGGUCAGAGGAAACCUGCCACUUCCUAUGUGAGGGCCACCAGCAACAAAAAUGCCCGGGCCACGCUCAACAGCAUCCGGCACAUCAUCCGCAAGAACAAAUACUGGAAUCUCCACAUGGCCGCUCUGUGCCAGGCCAGUGCCAUCCUGAGGAGCCAGAAGCCAGUGGUGGUGAAGAAGAAGCGAACCUGCCCACCCAAGAGCACUUAG